AUGGCGGAAUCAACGUCCCAGCAAGCACAGCAGUCCGCCGCGUCGCCCUCCCCUCCCCCGCCAGCACCAAUUCCUCAAACUCCAGGCCCGCGAGCCUCUCGCUUGCACCAAGUAUUUGACCAGGCGUUGGCGCGUACACUCCGCGCAAAUUCAUACCAAAACUUUGCGAGCUGUUUCCCGACCCCUGCACGCCAUGUCCCAGCUAGUUUGGAGGGUGUCUGGCGACAGCUGAACGCGAAGCUGGAAUCCAACGCUAAGGCGGAAUUUGAAGACAUUGUCGCAGAGAGGGAUGCUAUACCACACCUUAACGAGCUUGACCGGCUAGUCAAUGAUGCAAAGGUCAGGAAGGAACAAGAGGCUCAACAUACCGAGCCACAGGAACAUGUCGUCCCGCAUACACUCGGCGCAGAAGACUUGUACAAAGCGCAUAUCACGCCAUUCCUCCAGGAAGCGCAGUCGACCCUCAACACCAGACUCGAGGCUACGAAUGCGGAAAACGCAGAGCUCGCGCAGACCGUGCAGGCACAAAGACUCGAGAUCGAGCAACUGCUGUCACACCUUGGAUUGGUUGUUUCAGAUAUUGAGGGAGCUGCCGCGGCGGCCACGCAGUUUAGCCAGGAUCAUCAUAUUCGCCAGGACGCUGUGCAAAUGGAUCGGGAGGCGAAAGCUCGUCCCGAACUGUGA